AUGCCAAGUGAACCAAAAAUUCCAAGACCAAGAAAUGCUUUUAUUUUGUUUAGACAACAUUAUCAUAAAAUUUUAAUUAAUGAAUGGACUGCAAAAAAUAUUGAAAUUCCACAUAAUUCAGAAAUUUCUAAAUUGCUGGGCAAUAAAUGGAAAAUAAUUUCUGCUAAAGAAAAAUUACACUGGGAUAAUUUAGCUAAACAAGAAAAGAUUAAUCAUGAAAAAAAAUUCCCACAAUAUAAAUAUAGACCUGUUAGAAAACAAAAGAAGAAAUUUUUACAGUUACAACAACAAAUUCAACAACAACAACAAGUCCAUCAACAUGUUCAGCAUCAUGUGCAACAACAAAUGCAACAGCAACAGCAACAGCAACAGCAACAGCAACAGCAACAGCAACAGCAAAUGCAAGCUCAAGCUCACCAUCAACUAUCAAGAGGUGGUAAUGGUAGAGUUCAAUAUUAUCAAGCUUAUCAACAACCUCAAUUGUCUAAUAGUUCUCAAAAUUCAAACCUUACUGGGAUUCCUACUCCAAUAGAAAACGAGCAAAAGUUGCUAUAUUCAUCAUCGAUACCAAAUUCAAUUAAUUUUAAUGAUCCAACUGCUCAAUUGCAAGCUCAAAAUUUUUAUUAUCAACAAAAAUCAGGUAUGCAAAACAGUGGGAGUCCAAGUAAUGUCAACUUACUCUUACCGUCAAUAGAUACUACAAAAUUAAUGAACCAACAAUCAUUUAUUGCCCAACCAUCCGGAACUCCAGCUGCUGCCCAAUCUCAACAAACAAUGGAUCAUUUUUAUAAAAUUUAG